GGCAGUGUGUGUCAGUGUCAAUACCGCGUGGGUCCGGAAGGCGCCAGCCUGUUGUUUCGCCGUCAACAGCCUUCUUCUUCCUCCGCCCUCUUCUCUCUCGUCGUCCUCCAUUGUUACUUCCUCUCUGUCCCCACUCCCAACUCCCUCUCUCUCGCCGACACCGACAGUUUCCCCUCCAAAUAUUUCCCGCUCUCUUCCACUUCCAUUUCCAUUUCCCCUUUCGUCUCUGAGCGCCAUGGAUUCCUCCUCCAAUGGCGUCUCUACUCUCUUCCUCUUUCUUUCCCUCCUCUCCCUUUCACCUCUCUCCUCCGCCGCCUUCCGCCGUGAUCCGCCUCCCAAAUUCUCCUCCUCCUCCUCCGCCGCUCCCCAGAUCAACUCCAACUCCAUCCUCGUCGCCCUUCUCGACUCCCACUACAUUGAAUUUGCAGAGCUUGUUGACAAAGCUCUCUUGCUCCAAACCCUAGAGAACGCCGUUGGGAACCAUAAUCUCACCAUUUUUGCUCCCACGAAUCAAGCUCUUGAGCGCGAGUUCGACCCUGAGUUUAAGAGGUUUUUGCUUGAGCCGAGGAAUUUGAAAUCGCUUCAGACGCUUUUGAUGUCCCACAUUGUUCCCAUUAGGGUUGCCUCGAAUCAUUGGCCCGACGAUCGUUCUUCACCGGUUCGACAUUGGUCUUUGGGGAAUUCGUAUUUGCAUUUGGGGAACUCCGUUUCCGGGAAGCGAUUUGUUGAUUCGGCUGAGAUUAUUCGCCCCGAUCACGUUGUUCGUCCCGAUGGAGUGAUCCACGGAAUCGAACGGUUAUUGAUUCCCCGUUCUGUGCAAGAGGAUUUCAACCGGCGGAGGAAUUUGCAGUCGAUUUCCGCCGUUUUGCCUGAAGGUGCACCGGAAGUCGAUCCACGUACUCAUCGCUUGAAGAAGCCGUCGCCGCCUAUCCCUGCUGGAGCGCCGCCCGUUUUAACAAUCUACGAUGCUUUAGCUCCUGGCCCUUCUCUCGCUCCUGCACCGGCCCCCGGCCCCGGUGGACACCACCACCAUUUCGACGGAGAGCGGCAGGUGAAGGAUUUCAUCCAAACGCUGCUACAUUACGGCGGCUACAACGAGAUGGCUGACAUUUUAGUGAAUUUGACAUCUCUAGCCACAGAGAUGGGGAGAUUAGUCUCCGAAGGGUACGUUCUAACAGUUCUCGCCCCGAACGACGAAGCAAUGGCAAAGCUGACGGUCGAUCAGCUGAGCGAACCAGGGGCGCCGGAGCAGAUCAUGUACUACCAUGUGAUACCGGAGUAUCAAACGGAGGAAAGUAUGUACAAUGCAGUUCGGCGAUUUGGGAAAGUAAAGUACCAAACGCUCCGGCUGCCACACGCGGUGGCAGCGCAGGAGGCGGACGGGUCGGUGAAAUUCGGUCAAGGUGAAGGCUCUGCUUAUCUGUUCGACCCUGAUAUAUACACAGAUGGUCGGAUUUCUGUGCAGGGAAUUGAUGGAGUUCUGUUUCCAUUGGAGGAAAAAGCUGAGAAGAAAUCAAAUUCAGCUAUCAAAGUUGCCACUAAACCAAGAAGAGGGAAGCUGAUGGAACUUACAUGUAGUAUGGUUGGAGCCUUAGGGCAGGACUCUCAUUUCCCAUCAUGCCAAUGACAAAUAAACCUCUCAACUUUACACCCAAAA